AUGCAUUGGUCUCUUCCACUGUUGAGCUCUGUGCUCGGGUCUCUUCCAUCUGCCAUUGCGCAGGGAAGUGGCCCAGCGGUACCUGAUGUCCUCACUGCCGACAUCGUUCAGACUCUUGGCAACAACAGUCUGUUCACAAGAUGGCGACCUACCUAUCACUUCAUUGCGCCAGCUGGAUGGAUGAAUGAUCCUUGUGGCAUGCUUUAUGAUCCAACGAGGGAUGUGUACCAUUUGCAUUACCAAUGGCACCCUAACCACGUCAAUUGGGGCAACAUCUCUUGGGGGCAAGUGGUUCACGCAACUUCCAAAGAUUUGAUUACUUGGACAGAUGUAGGAGGCUGGGAGGACCAGCAAGCCCAAUCAGUUGGCACUGGACCCAACCCAGAUUCGAGAAACUCUUCUUAUUAUGGUCUCGGCAUCUUCAGUGGCAGUGCUCAGCCAUACAACCUUCAAGGCGAGCAAGAUGGAACACUUAUCGCAUUUUACACAUCGGUUCAAUAUCUGCCCACCAACUGGCAGCUUCCCUACAUCAAGUCAACUGAAAAGCAGAGUUUCGUCAUCUCGCACGACGGCGGUGAUACCUGGGAGCAGUACGCGGGAAACCCCGUUCUUUCGAACCCACCAGAAGGUUGGAACAUCACAGGCUGGAGAGACCCAUUCUUCGAGCCUUGGCCUGAGAUGGAUGCUGUACUCGGUCAAGAUGAACCUCACUGGUAUAUGGUUUUGGGCUCCGGCAUCAAGGGUGAGGGUGGAGGCGGUCGCAUUCCGUUGUACAGUGCUCCAGCAAAGAACCUGACAGAUUGGACCUUCUUGGGCGCCUUGUGGGAGCCAGAUCGCAACGAGACAUUGGGCUCCCUACUUGAGACGGGUACCUAUGGUUUCAACUUCGAAGUGUCUAACUUCUUCUCGUUGAACGACGAGGAUGGUGAUGUCCACUACUACGUUCUUAUGGGUACCGAAGGUGGUAACCUGACGUGGCAUCCCCGUGCGCAAUGGGGCCUAUGGAAUGAGGGUCAGGUCACCAGGCGUGAAAAUGGAUCUGCCGAGUUCACUCCUCUGGCUGGCGGAGCCAUUGACUCUGGUCUUCUGUAUGCUGUUACCAGCUUCAAUGACACCAAGAACAACCGUCGUGUCCAAUGGGGAUGGGCAAACGAGGACAACAACAACUUCGCUAUCAACCAGGCAGGUUACCAAGGCGCCAUGGCUAUCCCGCGAGAGAUGUACGUCAUCAAGACAUCGAAUCUUGUCAACGCCGACGGAGGUUUGACAACGAAGGGUAACACCCGUGUUGUUGAACACGGCGACGGCUCAUUCACGGGCUAUACACUGGGUGCUCGCCCUCUUCCAGAUGUUGUUGAAGGCCUUCGUGAAGGCAGCCAUGAGCAAGAGUAUACUACUGCCGACAGCUACAACAGCAGCGUGAUGAUCGGACAGGGUAGCUACCACAUGGAGUUGGAAGUUUCGCUCAGCAACCUUACGGGCCCUGCUGGUCUCACCAUCGCCGCCAGUCCAGGAGGUGAGGAAUACACUACCAUCUGGUAUAGCCCCGAGAACUACACUCUCAAUGUCGAUCGCUCAAUGUCCUCCACCAUUGAGGAGUUCUCCAACUACACAAUGAUUGGGUACCACUAUCCCUACACUUUCUGCAAUGGAACGCAGGAGGCCUUGAACAUGCACGUGUUCGUGGAUGGUUCGCUCGUCGAAAUUUUCAUCAAUGACCGCUUCUGGCUCACUACUCGCAUCUAUCCUGCUCGCCUUGACAGUGUCGGUUUUGGCCUUUGGGUCGGCGACGAUUCUAGCGUCGAGGUUUCCAACUUGAAGACCUGGACUGGUCUUGCAAACACCUUCCCGGACAGGCCAGCCAACUCGUCUAGUGAACUGGUGUUCGAUACAGCCGAGGAGACCAACAACCAAAUCUGGUGGCCUGGUAACUAA